CCCCACCCCCCCCGGAAAAAAAAGAAAAAAACCCCUGCUGUUGGCUAGCCGCUGCGCUACCCAACGUUGCCUGUGUAAGCUGUGAUAGCAACAUGCUCUUGAGAGCAGAGAGGAGAUUGUCCUACCCCGUCUUUUUAUAAAGGUCUGGGAAGACGAGUCCUGUUGCAAUCCUGAAAAGUGUAUAGCUGUCAGCAGCUGCACACGGGAAAAGCUCCCGGUGAGCAAUGAAACAGUUUCUCCUUUCCAGUCCGGGAGCAGCCCAGAGUGGUUGGUGAGAUAUGAACCUCUUCGGUUGCUCUGAGGAGUGAGUGUGGGGUUGUCUGAAAGUCAGACAGAAGCUGGGAGGCGAUCAAUCUCUUGGUGCAAGGGAUUAAGAAGAUCCAAGAAGUGACCAAACAUACUGAUGGACUCUGCUGGUGAACUCUGCUAUCACAAUAUGACAAUGGAAAAACCAGCUACUGGAGAACUAGCCUUGGAUCCUUUGGUCACUUGCAAGCUCUGUCUUUGUGAAUAUUCUCUGGACAAGAUGACCACUCUUCAGGAAUGUCAGUGUAUCUUUUGUACAUCGUGCCUGAAACAGUACAUACAACUGGCAAUUCGAGAAGGAUGUGGGUCUCCCAUCACUUGCCCUGACAUGGUGUGCUUAAAUCGUGGUACCCUACAGGAAUCAGAGAUUGCCUGCUUGGUAUCAGUGGAUCAAUUUCAGCUUUACCAACGGUUGAAGUUCGAAAGAGAAGUCCAUCUGGACCCUAGUCGGACAUGGUGUCCUGUUGCUGACUGCCAGACUGUGUGCCAUAUUGAACAGAAUAAUUCAGGACAGCCCACAAUGGUUAAAUGUCCUUCUUGUCACUUGACAUUCUGCUCAUGCUGCAAAGAUACCUGGCAUUCUGAUCGCUCUUGUCGGGACAGCCAGCCUGUUGUUGUCUUGCCAACAGAACAUGGAGCCCUCAUUGGGAUGGAUGCAGAAGCCCCCAUUAAGCAAUGCCCUGUUUGCCGGGUCUACAUCGAACGGAAUGAAGGUUGUGCUCAGAUGAUGUGUAAGAAUUGUAAGCACACAUUCUGCUGGUACUGUCUCCAGAACCUGGAUAAUGACAUUUUCCUCAGACAUUAUGAUAAAGGGCCCUGCCGAAAUAAACUGGGCCACUCCCGAGCCUCUGUGAUGUGGAACCGAACACAGGUUGUAGGGAUUCUCGUGGGACUGGGCAUCAUAGCCUUGGUGACUUCGCCCCUGCUGCUGCUGGCCUCGCCCUGUAUCAUCUGCUGUGUUUGCAAAUCCUGUCGGGGCAAGAAGAAAAAGCACGACCCGCCCACUACCUAAGCCUGCCCCCGUGGGCAGCAUGUCCAGGAUAUGGGCAGUAUCCUGCGUGAGGAUCUGGUGUGGUGCCCUCUUUAGCAGAUUUGUCUCCUCCUUGCCAACCUUUGGAAGUGCCUAUUGUCUACGGGCUUUGAACUUGCUUGUGAGUCUUCAGCAUGGGGAAGGGCCAAGCUUUAUGUUAUGUUUGAAGAAGCCUGGUUGUGAAGCCCAGACUACGAAUGUGGGAUAUGUCUGGAAACCCUGGGACUGAAUGGGAAAGAUCAGCGUCAUUUGUCAUCCGAAGCUCCAUGACUUCUGGACUGGUUAUCUUGUGGCCGAGGAGAAGGAGCCUGGGGAGAUUUCUCCUGUUACAACAAACUGUGUUGCUGUGAUGAUUGCAUGUAUGAUCAGAGUGCUAGAGGAGACUUAUCUGAAGCUCUGUGAUUCCUGAACUUGACAGAAGAAGGAGCCUGGGGAAACAUCUCCUUUCAAAACAAACUAUUGCCAUGAUUAUUAUAUGUAUGACAGCACUGGUUGGGGAACGAGAUGGAAAUGCUGACUUGGCUAGACUAGAUUUAUUUAUUUUCCUACCAUGAUAGAGUAGAGAGGGCUGGUGCAAAAUCUUUGUUGUGUGUGUGGGGGGGGGAUGUUGAGGUGGGGAAGGAUCCACUUUCUUAGCAGGGGAAGGAUCCACUUUCUUAGCAAAGGAAGGAUCUAAGAUAGAUAGCCAACCAUAUCUCGGGGAUGUAUCUGUAGAAAUGGUAUCUCUGCUUCUUCUGUGUAGGUAGAAAUAGGCUGAGUGUUUGGUGUGUCAGGGUACCACAUUCGCAUUAUCUAUGGAAGGUCUUGGCUAUUUUUUGGUAACCUUAUCCUGGGGAAGAGAAGGAGGUUAGUCUCAGUUUUCAGUAAGAGGAUUCAUGGAGUUAGAGGAAUGGUAGUAUGCCUAUUUCAAUAUCACCACCUAGCAAGUCCAAUUUUCCAAGGAGACCCUUGUUCUGUACUUAGAGGACCUCUUUUAGAAAUGUGUUUUAUGUGAAAGAAAAAAGGGUAAAACUCCAUUAUGAUGGCAAAGAUGAUAGGCAACAUAGUUUGACCUUAUAAUCUUAGAGCUUUAAGUUUUAGAACAGGGCCUAAAAACAAAUCCCAUCCACAAAUAUAGGUCAUAAUUCCAUAUCUACUGUAUAUCCAUCUGGUCUCUACCUUGAAAGAAAUCUCCAUUGCAUUUCCAUGUGAAGCCAGUCUAGAAAUACCCAGAUGUUAUGAAGAUAAACAGCUCCUUAAAAAAGCAAUGAAAAUGAGAUCAUCCCUUUCACACUGAAUAUACUCAAUUUUGAAAUGGCCUUCAGAUCUGUUCCUAACUGAGGAUGUCCUAAAUCUUGUCAUAGCAAUGGAGAAUAUGAUUCUUGUGCCAUGCGAGGAUGGAAAGCAACAUUUUUAGUUCUCUUACUGUCUUCCUUUCAGAACCAGUUCUCCUUGGACCCAAUACAAUAUGUCAAUUUCUCAGUAUCCAUAUUUAGAAUUGUAUUAUUCAUGCACACUACAGUUCCAUCUCACCCACUUAGUUGGCAGUUUCUUGAGUUUCUGUAGCCAAAUAGAAAGCCAGUAACCUAGAGGCCAGUUUCUGAAGAUAGGCCUCUCUGUACUUGAGUUGAUCCUCAGAGGUCAGUGGGACCUUUCCUUCAGCCCAUAAUAAUAGCUUUUAAACCUUGUUGGGACCCAUUAGGGUUAUCAAGCUUCCAUACCCCACUGAGGCGUCUAGGUAGAGUUUCUAGGUAGAAGGUGUUAGUGAAAAGGCACUACAUGAGGUGCUAAUUUUAAAAACUAAUUUAUCAUAGGUUGCUUCAGAUGAAAAGGCACAAACUCCAUUUUUUUCUGAGACUUGUGUCACUUUUUGGAUGCUUGUGGGCCUGCUUUUCCUAUAGCUCCAUAACUUGAACUUUUUAAGGACAUCUAUUAUGUAUGGUUGGUAGUCUAUGCUCAGUGCAUAAAAAACUAAAUAAAUUCUGAUCCUGGGGGUUUGCAGUCAUCUUCCUCUAAAGCUAAUGGCUAUUCAGAAGCUAUCUGGAUAUACAGUAUUUACUGAUAUACUUGGCUGUUUGAUAUAUAAGAUUGCUGUAGCACAGAUCCCAGUUGGUCACAUAUGCAUUUCUAAAGAACAAAGAUUUGCUCAAGCAAGAAGGUAAUGGGGAUAUACAUUUUUAAAGCACUUUAAGUCAAACAUGUUAUGUAUUGAUUUGUCUUUUUUUUUUCUUUUUGGUUAUCCCCAGCACUUAGCAUAGUGCUUGUCACACAGUAAGCACUUAAUAAAGGCUUCUUGAUUGAUGGUGUGAAAUUAAACAUGCACAUUUUUUUAUGAUUUGUAAAGGUUAUAGAGAAGAAUUCUGGGAGAGCUUAUGGAGUGGCCUCCAACCAAAAAUACUUUAAAGCUAUUUUUCACUCUU